AUGCAACGCGCCCUGCGGAGUCGUGGCCACUGUUGCUGCAACGACAGCGAAGGCGUCGCGUUCACAGAAAGUCCGUACAUUGGUGAUGCCAGCACAGAGUUUAACGAGUACGUGUGGACGUGCUGGAAAAUGUACUGUGAGCUACCGAACACGUUCGUUGCGCCGUCUGUGGCGGUAGUUCAGAGCUCCGGCUUCGGUAAGAGCCGAAUGUUGUUUGAACUCGCUCGAAAGGCGAGCGGGGACGAUGCCAAGAUGAAAGUAAUUUACACGUGCGCCCGCCCGCCCAAGUCGACGGGGUAUCCGAAGGCGACGACGGAGCUUCGAGAGUGGAUGUUCAAUGAUAAGUCAACUCCGGCGAGUAUCGCGGAUCAAUUGAAGAAUUCGAGUGGAAAGAUAGUGGUCUUGGUGAUUGACGAAGCGAGGAGUCUGCUUAGUGAGGAUGAAGUGAGUCAUUUCCGAAUGUUGCUACGGGCUCUCGCCAAAGCAAACAUGUGUAUGCCCGAAAAUGGUGGCGUUGUCGCGGUGCUGGUGUGGUAUGGACUCCGAAACGCUCUAGAGGAGUUCAUUUUGCCUCAAUUCGAGACGUUAGUGCUUAACGAAUCCCUUGAUAUCGGUGGUGUUGAGGAGGUAGUCGCUCGUAUCGUGCUGCUCCUCGCGAUGGACAAGUGUGUGCUGGGUACCACUUCCUGGAAAUUCAGGGGCCAGUUUCUUCCUGUUUCCUCUUUCUUGGAGAUGCUAGGAGCGACACAGAUGGGAGUGCGGAUUCCGGGAAUGCUACCUGCAAACGCGGAUGUGGUGGACUCAUUUCACAGCUGGCUGACAGGUUGGGAUGGCUGGCAAAUGGGAUUCACUCAUUUCGUACAGCUCCGAGUGGAGCCAGACGAAAACACGUUAUGGUUUCUACUGGGCCGUCGGGCCGCGGGGAUUUUCCCACGCAACAAGAGAUCUGGAGCUGAUCUUCUCAUUCCGAUCUUUCGUAAAGUAUCAAACGAUGGAGUUGGGACGGAUCCGGAAAAAAUAUCGUUCAUGUUGGUGAAAGUGAAACCCGAUUGUGAUUUAUCAAAGUUUGGAUUGGAAAGACUGUUGCCUUCGUUUGUAUUUGGAAGCGGUGAGAGCUCUGAAAAGAGCCAAACAGAGCAGGGUCGUGGGAACUCUUUGAGUGAGAAGCCUAUCAGGGACGUAAUCCGACUCUCCAUGAACAUGCAAGAUCGUAACCAGAACCAGCGCUUCGUUUACGCAGCUGGGGAUGGCGAUUGCACGGGAUCAGACACGAAAGAGGCUGCUGCUGCAUCGUCGGACUUUGGCUUCACGCUAUGUUUCCAAUCAGUGAGCAAGAAGACAUUUACAUUCUUGACUGAGGGCGUGGCUUGUAGAUUAAGAAGCCUGCUGAAACCUGCUUGGGAUCCCAUGGUGGCUGUCAUUGGCGACUUGGAACAUCGUAGGGACGAGGAGAAAAGGAAAGCCGGUGAUCUCUUCACACCAAAAUUGUCACAAGCGAUGAUAGACAAGAAACUCAUGAUGAUUGCAAGUCGGGGGCUUUUGGAUCCACCUGGAUUAAAACCCAACACUGCGAAACCAGCUCGUGAGUUUCCAAGAGAUGCCUAAGCAUUCACUUUUGCUGGAAACGAUGCUGUGCACGUGGUUCUUACAAGUACCAACGAGGAGUCUUUUUUACAAGAGGAUGAGUUGAUGCCAACUCGAAAGACGAUGCAAGGGUAGGUAGGCUGUCAGUGCACCCACGUGAUUCACUCUAUUUAUCUGGUAUUAAAAUGAUACUAUUUCCG